AUGGCGGCGGCGGCGGCCGAAGAGGUGCCAGUGCCACCCCAGUAUCAGCCGCAGCCCCUGUAUGACUUUAGGCAGUUUCCGGAUGUGACCCGCGGGUACAAGGUCGGGGUGACCAAGUGGGGCAAGAUCGGGACCAAGCGCAAGCUAGAAGAAUAUGCAGAGCAGGUGGAGCGGGAGCAGGAGGCGAUGCAGGAGGGCGAGGCGGCGGCGGUAGCGGUGGACGCCCCCGCCAAGCGCGUCAAGCACAACACGGUGGGCGUGGGCAAGGCGUCGGGGCGUGCCUGGAAGCAGCCGGCGCAGCGUGCGGGCAGCCUGAAGAACCCCAACCUGAGCAGCACCUGGGAGAAGAAGAUGGCCAUCAAGGCGGAGGAGACGGCGUUCAAGGACCGCAAGCGUGCGGCGGCGGCGGCGCACAAGGAGGCGGCAGCUGAGGGGCGGCGCAAGCGCGAGGCGGCCAAGCAGCGCAAGCUCGAGGCGCAGCAGCGGUCGGCCAUCGUGACGCGCGUCACCUCGGCCACCGCCAAGCGCAUGAUGAAGAACAAGAAGCAGCGGAAGCUGCUGCGCACGGCCGACGUGGCGUGA